GAGAUGGAGUCGGAGCGAGAAAGAGGCGUAGGUCGAUCAAUGGGGUGGAGAGCGGAGCCGCUUGGAGCGCCGGCGAUGGAACUGGGACGGGGAGCAGCAACUCGGGAGCCGACGAGCAGACCAGUCAGAGCGGUGCAGAGCUGCUCGUCGCACGUUUGGGAACGCGUUCGUUUGUGUUCAGAUCAACAGCCAAUGAGGCGUUUCCAGCUCCUUGACAGGCGAUUCCUGCUGCAAGACGAGAUGGAACCUGCCAGGAGACUGGCGAUUUUCGCUUUUCUCGCAAUUUUCCUUAUUUUCACGCCAACAGAGGCGAACCAUAGCCACAUUACACUCGACCUCAAGAUCAGAGACGUGCUGGACUUAUCUGAGUUCUAUUCGAUGCUGGAGCAUAACCCAUUUGCUAUGAAUACACUCAAGUAUUCAGACAUCACCGUGUUUGCUCCACUGAACUCUGCAUUUCAGGAUGUGUCAAAAAGGACCGAGGAUCAAGACCUUGUACUGUAUCACAUGGCAAACUCGCCUUUGACGCUAAGUAAUUUAGGCCCGUCUGUAAACACCAUGGGUCAAGGGAAUCCACCGAUCUGGGUGACAAAAGUCAAUCCAGAUCUGAUAUACUUAAACAAUGCCAGAGUUAUCACAGAAAAGUCUAACACUUACUUAAACUAUCCUAAAAAACAAGUACUGCAUGUGAUUGAGAAAUUGUUAGAGCCUGUACGCUUCAUCAGCCCGGAAACCACAAAAUACAACCCAACGGCAUAUGAUUUCCUGGAAGGUUCUGAAGAUGUACGUCUUGGAAAUAUCCGGUUGAGGUCAUUCCGACAAAGAGUCAAACAUACAGGCAAAGAAGACCUCUAUAAGAGAGCUGGAAAGCACACUUUUUUCAUCCCCAUUGAUGAAGGUUUUCAGGGGUUCAGGCAUUAUCGACAUGGUUAUUCACCGAAGAGGCAUCAUAGUAGAUUUUCUUUUCAGCCUCCUCCAAGGCCAGAAAAGAUAGACGAAAUUACCAUCGACGGCCAUGUUAUCGAAGACCAAGUACUAUUCACAGACCCAACCCCGGACAACAAGCAAUACAAGACAGUAGCCUGGGGAAGGAUAAAAGUUAAUGUUUCUUUCAGUACAGAAACGGACAACCUUCGCACACAAAAAUAUGUUAAGAGCCACACUAUUGUUGGUGAUUCGGAUCAUCCAGAUGGGGUUGUUCUUGCUGAGAUCGUCAAAGGAAAUAUCCCCGUCAGUAACGGUGUCAUUCAUCUCAUCCAUCGUCCUCUCAUGGUUGUGGAUGUAACAAUUUCUCAGUUUUUGGAGUCUUUUAAGGGAAUUGAUCGAGAAGAUGGACCGUUGUACAAGUUUUAUGAAGUGAUUCGUGAUGUUGGGGGAGACCUUAUGGAGAGGAUGACGCAGAUGAGAGAGCUCACACUGUUUGCGCCGUCAAAUGCAGCUUGGAAAGACCCUUCGUUGAACAACAUUCUACGCGACACAAGAAAGAUUAGGGAAAUCCUUCACAUGCAUCUUGUCGAAGAGAAACUUCCCUUGGACAGAAUUAUUGAGGGCAAUCAACUCGAGUUGUUUCAGGUGAACACAUUAGCUCUUAGGAAAAAUCUCUACUUCAACGUUGUGACAAGCGGCUCGAACAGAACCCUGACAGUAGAAGGCGGCGGAGUCAAUGCCACUGUUGUCCAGCCUGACAUCGCAGCCACCAACGGUAUCAUCCACAUCAUUGAUAAAGUCCUCGGUGUCCCUUUUACAACAGUUGGUCGCAAAAUGGCCACAGAUCCUAUGCUCAACAAAACCUUCUUGCUGGGAAAAAUCCAAGGCUUCAAUGAUCAGCUCGAUGAUAUGUCAAAGCGAUUCACAUAUUUCGUACCAAGGGACUACGCAUGGAAAAAAAUGGAGACUAAAUAUCCUUCUGCUCAUAAGAAAAUUUUCAUGAAUGACUUUGCUUAUCAUGCCAAACAAAUUCUAGAAAGACAUUUAGUUGUUGCUGAUAAACGUUUCACAAUGGCGGAUCUCAGAAAUUUGACAACACACGAGGCAAGACAGCUGCCGACAGUGAGAGAUGUUGUCAAGUUGCGAGUCAAGGAGAGUGACAAAAAGAGAGACAAUGGAACUGUCCAAUAUGGCUACUACGUUGAGUGGAACAACGAAUGGAUUCAUGUGUUCCGUCCUGACGUUGAAUGUACAAACGGUGUAAUUCAUGUCAUUGACACUGUGUUCUUGCAAGAAAGUGAUAUCUAUGUGACAGGCAGCGGUGAAAUCAUGCAUCCAGUCAAAGCAUUCCUCGGGUUCAUCGUCUGUCUCCUGAUCAGCCAACACCUUUAAGGAAAGAAAUAUGUCAUUUAUGGAUUUUUAUCUAUGUUCAAUUGGGUUAUUUUAAACAGAACUUACUUCCAUUUUUUUGUAUAGUUUUGAUUAUUUACUUUUUGUAUAUAUAAUUUUUCUAAGUUAUGUAAAACCCACACUAUCUACAAAAACAUCUAGUCCUUUAAUCACUAGAUUAUUAUUUUUUUUUUAUCGUGUAAUUAUUAAUUAAAAACAAAAAACUCACUUCUAAAUUUCUUUAUUGUCUUUUGUACAGAGAACUUUAUGUUGUAUUAUAUUUUUUCAACAUUACUUUUCCUUUUUUGCUUUUGAUUUGAAUAUGUUUAUGAUAUAUUUAAGGGAUAAAAUAAAAAAAUAAAAAAAAUGGAAAGUAUAUACUAUUCUUAGCACAGUUUCCAGAAAACGUUAUUUUAGCGAGAAAUAUUUGUACAUCACACAUUUAAAUAUCAGUUUUCAUCUUACAAUUCAUUAAUUUUAGCUAUAUUUUCUUCUUUUUUUAUAAGCCUCAAAUAAUACAAUUUGUCAUAUGUAAAAUUCAGAACUGAUGUAGUUAAUUUUAUCUUGUGUUAAUUAUAAUUAAUGAUUAUAUGCAUACGUCUAUAGUUUCUGAGACUGUAAAUAAAUUAUUGUGGGGGUUUCUACAAUAAAUGAGGCUAGCGUCAUUUGACAUGUUUGUCCUAAUUUUUUUGUUUGGCUUAUUUAGUUUUUUUUGAAGACGACUCAUAAAUAUGUCUGCUUUGUUCUAAAAAUUACAAAGUUUAAUAAGUAUUUUUGAAUUAAUGUUUAUUAUACAUGUAAAAAUUGUCUUAAGGAAAUAAAACAUAUAUUUAAAAAACUAAUAAAGAAACCAAUAUAUUUAAUGGCAUUGUAAUUUUAAGUAUUUUUUUUAUACUAGGUAAAUAACUAUUAUACUGCCAAUAAUUAUAUAUUUAAAGAGAGAAAAAAAAAAAUAUUUAUGGAAGCCCAUUGUGAUUAUAUCAAACUCUGUCUUUAUUUAAAGUAAGUCAAUUCAUCCAUCCUCCAUUUUUUUAUGAUUGGAGCAAAUGAAUAUUUAUUGGGAAUAAAGAAUUGGAAUAGUUUUAUAAACAAAGAGCAAUUCAAUGCAUAUAAUUUCAUUUUAUAAAGAUGCAUUUAGGUAGCCAAAAUCUCAACUUGAAAACGCCCACUUCUACACACCCGAGAUAGUGUAAUUUUUAUCUGUGGAUCCUUAUUAUCGAUGUAAAAAAAGUAUAUCUAUGUCAAGAUCAGAAGUCAGGUAUCAUUGACUAUUCUAGGUUGUUAAGAGUCUUACCAUAUUAUCACAAUAAAUUUGCUUGAAAUUAUAAACAAAAUAGCAAUAUAAUGACUAUAGGAGCUUUAAUUAAGUUUACAACAAUAAAUAGAUCAUUAGAAAUGUCAAAAACUACUGGUUACUAUGUGUACAUAUGAAUGUAAAUAUAAUAAACCAGACAAUAUGGAAUCAUGACAGUUCCAGGAAAGUCGGUUUGAAUUUUAAUCACAGUAUAAAUAUGGUAAGAUGUUUAAUUUAACAUAAAAAUAAUGUAAAUUAAUCUAGAAUGCCUGUAAGAAGUUAAAAGACGUAUAUUAUAGUGGACGUUGUAAAUACCAGUUGCAUAGCUAUCAAAGAAUGCUGCAUAUGCAGGGAAUUGCUGUUUUAGGAUGUUAGACGCCCUUAAAAUAGGUUGACAUGAUAUUUGUUAUGAUGCUUAGUGUAAGAAAGAGCUUAACAAUUGAAGCUAUUGAUGUUGUACAUAAAAAAAUGUAUAUUAUCUGAUUGGUCUCAGUUGCAUGAUUAUUUCUAGACAUCCCAAAUUAUACUAUAAAUGGUAAACUUAAGGACGAAAUUUAUAUUUAAAAACCAAAAACUUUUCUUGUGCUUUUUAAUUAAACAAAUUUUUUAAUGUAUUACUGAAAUUUAAUUACAGUACGAUUACUGAUACAGAUUGAAAUUUGGUAAUUGGUAUGCACAUUACACAUCUGUAAAUUUAAAGCAAAACUGUUAAAAAUCGUAAUAAAAGAAUUACAUAAAA